UCCGGAGCGGCAGAUCGUGGUGGGCAUCUGCGCCAUGACCAAGAAGUCCAAGUCGAAGCCCAUGACGCAGAUCCUGGAGCGGCUCUGCAAGUUCGACUACCUGACGGUGCGGAUCCUGGGCGAGGACGUCAUCCUCAACGAGCCCGUCGAGCGGUGGCCCCCCUGCGACUGCCUCGUCUCCUUCCACUCCAAAGGGUUCCCCCUGGACAAGGCCGUGGCCUACGCCAGGCUCCGCAACCCCUUCCUCAUCAACGACCUGGACAUGCAGUUCUACAUCCAGGACAGGCGGGAGGUAUACCGGAUCCUGCAGGAAGAGGGAAUAGACUUGCCUCGCUAUGCUGUGCUCAACCGGGACCCUGAUAAGCCAGAUGAGUGCAACCUUGUGGAGGGGGAGGAUCAGGUGGAAGUGAAUGGGGCCGUCUUCCCGAAGCCCUUUGUGGAGAAACCUGUCAGCGCUGAGGACCACAAUGUUUACAUUUACUAUCCCACCUCAGCUGGAGGGGGCAGCCAGCGCCUUUUCCGCAAGAUUGGGAGCCGAAGCAGUGUGUACUCUCCAGAGAGCAGUGUUCGGAAAACAGGAUCUUACAUCUAUGAGGAGUUUAUGCCCACAGACGGUACAGAUGUCAAGGUGUACACUGUUGGCCCCGAUUAUGCGCAUGCAGAAGCCCGGAAGUCGCCUGCUCUGGAUGGGAAGGUUGAGCGGGAUAGUGAAGGGAAAGAAAUCCGCUACCCGGUGAUGCUCUCAGCCAUGGAGAAGCUGGUAGCCAGGAAAGUGUGCCUGGCCUUCAAGCAGACUGUGUGUGGUUUUGACCUUCUGCGGGCCAAUGGCCACUCUUUUGUCUGCGACGUAAAUGGCUUCAGUUUUGUGAAGAACUCCAUGAAGUAUUACGAUGACUGCGCCAAGAUCCUUGGGAACAUCAUCAUGCGCGAACUGGCCCCCCAGUUCCAGAUCCCCUGGUCCAUCCCCACAGAGGCAGAGGACAUCCCCAUUGUGCCAACAACAUCAGGGACUAUGAUGGAGUUGCGUUGUGUGAUUGCAGUUAUACGGCAUGGUGAUCGCACACCCAAGCAGAAGAUGAAGAUGGAGGUGAAGCACGCUAGGUUCUUUGAAUUGUUUGAGAAAUACGAGGGUUACAAGACGGGGAAGCUGAAGCUGAAGAAGCCAGAACAACUGCAGGAGGUGCUGGACAUUACCCGCCUGUUGGUGCUGGAGCAGGGAGCUCAUGGGGACUCUGAGGCUGAGGAGCAGAAAUCCAAACUGGAGCAGCUCAAAACUGUCCUGGAGAUGUACGGACACUUCUCUGGCAUUAACCGCAAAGUGCAGCUGACCUACCUUUCUUACGGGCACCCCAAAGCUUCCAGUGAAGAUGAAGAUGCCCGCAAGGUGGUCUCUCCAUCUCUGCUUCUGGUGCUGAAGUGGGGGGGUGAGCUUACCCCCGCAGGGAGAGUCCAAGCAGAAGAGCUGGGCCGGGCCUUUCGCUGCAUGUACCCUGGAGGUCAAGGGGACUAUGCUGGCUUUCCUGGGUGUGGCCUCCUUCGGCUGCACAGCACCUACCGUCACGACCUCAAGAUCUAUGCCUCCGAUGAAGGCAGAGUCCAGAUGACAGCAGCAGCAUUUGCCAAGGGCCUUCUUGCUUUGGAGGGGGAGCUGACGCCCAUUCUGGUGCAAAUGGUGAAGAGUGCCAACAUGAACGGUCUCCUUGACAGCGACAGCGACUCUCUCAGCAGCUGUCAGCACAAGGUGAAAGCCCGUCUUCGAGAGAUCUUGCAGAGGGAUGCAAAGUUUAGCGAGGAAGACUAUGAGAAGUUGGCACCAACCGGCAGUGCCUCGCUCAUCAAGUCCAUGGGCAUCAUCCAGAACCCUGUGGAGGUCUGUGACCAGGUCUUUGCCCUGAUUGAGAAUCUUACCUGCCAGAUCCAGAAACGGCUGGAGGACCCUAAGUUUGCAGACCUUCAGCUUUACCACAGCGAGACCCUGGAGCUGAUGCUGCAGCGCUGGAAGAAACUCGAGCAGGAUUUCCGCCUGAAGAACAGGCGCUAUGACAUCAGCAAGAUCCCGGACAUCUAUGACUGUAUCAAGUAUGACGUGCAGCACAACACCUCCCUCCAGCUGGAGGGCACCGCAGAGCUUUUCAGGCUCUCCAAGGCUCUGGCUGACGUCGUCAUCCCCCAGGAAUAUGGGAUUAACAAACAAGAGAAGCUGGAGAUUGCAGUUGGCUUCUGCCUGCCUCUCAUCAGGAAGAUCCAGCUGGACCUCCAGAGGACCCACGAGGAUGAGUCGGUGAACAAACUGCACCCCCUGUAUUCAAGAGGGGUCUUGUCUCCAGGGCGCCAUGUCCGAACACGAUUAUAUUUCACCAGUGAGAGCCAUGUCCACUCCCUGCUUAGCAUAUUCCGCUAUGGGGGCCUCCUGGAUGAAUCCAAAGACCCCCAAUGGAAGCGGGCCAUGGACUACUUGAGUGCCAUUUCGGAGCUGAACUACAUGACUCAGAUCGUUGUCAUGCUCUAUGAGGACAACAAUAAGGACCCCUCUUCUGAGGAGCGGUUCCACGUGGAGCUGCAUUUCAGCCCCGGGGUGAAGGGCUGUGAGGAGGACAGCAGUGCCCCGCCAGGCUUUGGCUUCCGGCCAGCAUCGGCAGAGAAGGAAGCCACAAAGAAGCCUGAGAAGGGCAGUCUGGAGCACUUGACCAAGUCCAAGGGCACUGAUGAGGCCAGCCCAGUGCAGCAGUUGUCCCCGCAGCCCGCAGAGCCAGCCCACGUGCAGCGACGGUCGCCUUUGAUCCGCAACCGCAAGACUGGCUCCAUGGAGGUGCUGUCAGAGUCCUCUUCCAAAGCUGGAGGGUAUCGCCUCUUCUCCUACUCCAGACACUCCUCGGAAGUGAAGCAGAGUGGCUUAGGGUCACAGUGCACGGGGCUCUUCAGCACCACGGUCCUGGGAGGCUCCUCCAGUGCUCCAAACCUCCAGGACUACGCUCGCAGCCACGGGAAAAAGUUUGCCUCCGGCUUUCUGUACAAAGAUGAGCUCUUGUCUAUGCCAGCUGUAAAGCGGUUUUCUGUGUCAUUUGCAAAGCAUCCAACUAAUGAUGAGCUGGAAGGCGAGUGCUUUGCCCGGCUGCUUCAUCGCUUUUCCUCUGAUAUUGCCACAAGCCAGCACCUCUCUCUGGAUGCCCCCCUGGCCCGCCAUCUCCACCAGUGCUUCUACCACCUGCGUCUCUUCCGGAAUUGGGUGGUCUCUGGCCAGGACGAUCUGGAGAGCCUUGACGGCUUUGAGGGCUGCUCCAUGGUGCCCAGCAUCUACCCCCUGGAGACUCUGCACAACUCGCUCUCCCUGCGCCAGGUCAACGAUUUCUUGACAGGUCUCUGCAGGAGCUGCUGCAGCAGCACCCCCUCCAGUGCCCCCACAGCGUUGUUUCACUCCCUGGACAGCCAGGCUCCAGGUGACGCCUUCAUGCAGCAGCGAAUCCUGUCAUCCUCGUCUUUGCCCCUGCAAUCCCGCUCAGACAGGCCCCCCUGGUACAGCAGUGGGCCCUCGAGCACCGUCUCCAGCGCUGGACCCUCGUCCCCAGCCCCCUUGGAAAGCUGCCCCCGCUUCAGCUUCACCGAAAAGCCCCCCUUCAGCAGCCAAGUCGGCACGGAGCGGCUCAGUGGUCAGCUGCCUGCUGAGGGGCCGCUGGGGCCAGAGGAGGAGGAGAGUUUGCGUGGCGGCCGAGCCUGGAGAGAGGCCCCAGCGGUGGGCCAGGAAGGGGUGGGGCGGUCUCUACCGGGGCCAUGGGAGCGGACCCUCGAGCAAGCCUUGCAGCAGAUGCGCCCCCCGGGGCGUGAGGCGGAGCUCUGGCGAGCUGGGCCGGGAGGGGAGGGUGGGGAGAGCACGUGCCAGGCGAUGCUGAGCCCAGGGGCGGACGUCUUGGAGGUGCGUAACGGAGGGGUGAGUGGACGAGGCAAGCCAGGUGAAUUGCCCGAGGAGGGGCAGGAGGAGCCUGCAGGCACUGGGGGUCCUGAGCAGGGCCCAGCAAGGCAGACUACUGAAGAAGCGCUGCUGAACCCUCUUCUCCCCUCUGGGGAAGGCAGUUAG